CUCAGUUUCACCGAGAAGAGGCCGUGGAUUCAGCUUCCAUCACUUAGCGGUAUGCCAAGAAGCCUUAUCACACAGAUGUCCUUCGAGAUAAUAUGGAUCAGUCCGGAGUUCUCCUCUGGGUGAAAGCAGAACCCUUUAUAGUGGGUGCCUUGCAGGUCCCCCCUCCGUCCAAGUUCAGUCUUCACUAUCUCAGGAAGAUAUCCACAUAUGUGCGAACCCGGGCCACAGAAGGAGCUUACCCACGCCUGUACUGGUCUACAUGGAGGCACAUUGCAUGUGGGAAGCUGCAGUUGGCUAAGGAUCUGGCGUGGCUUUACUUUGAAAUAUUUGAUAGUCUUGCAGUAAAGACACCAGAGGAGCGCCUGGAAUGGUCUGAGAUUCUGUCCAACUGCAUGUCUGAGGAUGAAGUUGAAAAGCAAAGAAAUCAGCUUUCAGUGAACACCCUACAGUUUCUGCUCUUCUUAUACAUACAGCAGUUAAACAAGGUCUCCCUGAGGACAUCUUUGAUUGGAGAAGAGUGGCCUAGUCCCAGAAAUAGAUCUCAGUCUCCUGAUUUGACUGAAAAAUCCAGUUGCCAUAAUAAGAACUGGAAUGAUUAUAGUCACCAAGCAUUUGUCUGUGAUCAUCUGUCAGAUCUCCUUGAGCUGCUUUUAGAUCCAGAACAACUCACUGCAUCAUUUCAUUCGACCCAUAGUAGUCUAGUCUCUCGCGAAGCUGUUGUGGCCCUCAGCUUUCUUAUUGAAGGUACAGUGAGUAGAGCCAGGAAGAUAUAUCCACUUCAUGAACUUGCUCUGUGGCAACCACUGCAUGCAGAAAGUGGCUUCUCAAGGAUCUCUAAGACCUUUUCUUUCUACAAGCUGGAAGCCUGGUUGAGAGCCUGUUUGACGGGGAAUCCAUUUGGUACAUCUGCUUGCCUUAAGUCUGGAAAGAAACUGGCUUGGGCUCACCAAGUUGAAGGGACGACCAAAAGAGCUAAGAUCGCUUGUAAUACGCAUGUGGCCCCUAAGAUGCACCGCAUGGUGGUGAUGAGCCAGGUUUACAAGCAGACCUUGGCCAAGAGCUCAGAUACUCUGGUGGGGGCACAUGUAAAGAUUCAUCGGUGCAACGAAUCUUUUAUAUAUCUGCUCUCUCCCUUACGAUCUGUGACCAUUGAGAAAUGCAGGAAUAGCACCUUCGUCUUGGGCCCUGUACAGACUGCUCUUCACCUCCACAGCUGUGACAACGUUAAAGUCAUUGCUGUUUGCCAUCGUUUGUCCAUCUCUUCUACAACAGACUGCAUCUUUCACAUUCUGACGCCUACACGCCCACUUAUUCUCUCUGGAAACCAGGCAGUAACCUUUGCCCCUUUUCAUACCCAUUACCCAAUGCUGGAGGAUCACAUGGCCAGGACCGGCCUCGCUACGGUGCCUAACUAUUGGGAUAAUCCAAUGAUUGUAUGCCGAGAGAACUGCAACACAAGUGUCUUCCGAUUCUUACCACCUUGUGAAUUCUAUGUAUUUAUUAUCCCCUUUGAAAUGGAAGGGGACACAACAGAGAUACCUGGGGGUCUUCCAUCUGCAUAUCAGAAAGCACUGGGUCAAAGAGAACAGAAGAUACAAAUCUGGCAGAAAACUGUGAAGGAGGCUCGUUUGACAAAGGAUCAAAGGAAGCAGUUCCAGGUACUUGUGGAGAAUAAGUUUUAUGAGUGGUUGAUUAAUACAGGACAUCGCCAACAGCUGGACAGUCUUGUGCCCCCUGCCGCAGGCUCCAAACAAGCAGCAGGAUAAGACUUCUACAUGGAAACACUGGGGCCUGCAAACAGGAGGAUGAUGAAUGGAAGAUGGUACACGUCUUGAAACUAAAUUGGGAAGAUGCUCUUGCUGCUUAAGAGACAUUGGGGCUUUUUCCUUCCUAUUUAACACCAUUCCUUGAUUUCCAUUCCAUACUGAUGUAUUACUGUUUAGGUCGAAUUUUAGAUGAACUUCUGACUAUUAUAUAAACGUAUUGUUUAUAGAACAUCAGAAAGCUCAUCUUUGUGUUGCCAAAAUGAAGUUGAGGAAGGCAGUUUCAUUGUAUAUUAAUAUUAAAGUGACUGAGCGUAGAUUUGCAAUUAAAUUUCACAUUUUAAUUUGUAUGAUGAAAGGGUCUCAUCCUUUCUAGAGUUAAAUACGAGUUUUAUAGUUCUUUGAAACUAUUUAAAAGGAAAUUGCUACUCCUUUUAAAAAAUAAUUGGAAUGAAAGUAUAGUUUG